AUGGACCAAAACCCAGUGUCUGAUGGCUCGCAUCCUCCUCCAAACGGACACCAUCUCACGAAUCUUAUGGCAGUCGACCUGAACGGAACUAUGGACGGCUCGGUGGAAGAAGGGAUGGACAACUCAGUAUUCGUGCCAUCCGUUCCCGUCAUGGGAACCCUCAACGGCUACCCCCAAGUACCCGGUGCACCAUUUAGCGAUAUGGCCCUCGCGAUGAACGGGAUGCAGCCGGAAAUGUUUGUGGUGCAACCUCAGCAACCUAUAUCUGCCGACGAGAUCGCAUUGUAUGACAGACAGAUCCGCCUUUGGGGCAUGCAAGUCCAGGAAAAGCUCCGUCGUGCGAACGUUCUUCUGAUCGGAAUGAAAGGUUUGGGAUGUGAAAUCGCAAAGAAUCUGGUUCUGGCAGGAGUUGGAGUGUUGACAAUACUUGAUCAUGAAGUCGUCGCGGAAGAGGAUCUGGGAACACAUUUCUUCGUCCGGGAAGCUCAAAUUGGCCAAAACCGAGCGCAGGCGGCUAUGGCCGAGCUACAGAAGCUCAAUCCAAGGGUUGAGGUGUACACGGACCCGAAUGCGGCUGUGACCAAGGAUCCAGAAUACUUCCAGAAUUUCGACAUCACUAUUGCGACAGGUCUCAUCAUGGAUGUACUGGGAACCAUCAAUAUGGCCUGCCGGAUGUAUGGACGGAAAUUCUAUGCCGCAGACACCCACGGUAUGUACGGCUACAUAUUCGACGACUUGGUCAUCCACGAUUUCGUGAUUGAGAGACAACAGAGCAACAAACCUAUGAAGGUCGGCGAGAUGGAGACUUCCACCAGGUGCAUCACGGCCGUUGAGUUGAAGAAAGGAAACGAGAAGACUAUGGAGCGCAUCACCUAUCAAGAGACGUAUUCCCCCAUCCCACUUGCCAAUUUGUCUCCUCUUCCAGCGCGAGUCAGGAACACUCGACGAAGCCGCACAAAGGUCACCCCGUUGCUUUCUUGUCUGCGGGCACUAUUCGAUUUUCAAGGUCAGAUGGGUGGAAGGCUUCCCGCGCACAACCGAGCAGACCUCGAGCUCUUCACCAGACUGGCAAACCAAAAACAUCUGGAACUUUCACUUCCCCUGGAAACACUGAGGUCGGAAUUUCUUCGUGCUUUCCUGCAGAACCUUGGCUCCGAGAUCAGCCCAGUGGUGGCGUUCCUGGGAGGCUAUUUGGCACAGGAUGUCAUCAACGUUUUGGGACAGAAGGGGCAGCCGCUUCAAAACUGGCUCCUCUUUGACGGGGAAGAUUGCACCGCCACUCAGUUCUCGAUCCAUCCCAUCAACGACGAUACCGUGGAAAUGAUGAAUACCAGCGGAGCUGUCAUGAUGCCAGAGGCUACAUCCAUGCAAGGAACGAUUCCAGUGGCUUAA